AUGUCUUUUCUCGAUCCAAGACAGCCCGUGACUCCGGGCCCUUCCUCUUCUCCUUUGCAAUCUCCCUUUCUCCAACGGACUCGCGGAGUUUCUCCCACGAGGCGCACUUCCUCUAGGAGACUAUCUUCUCGCACAAGCGACCGUGUUCCCACCCUUCCACGGUCGUCAUCAAGGAAAAUUUCGCGAAGUAAUCCUCCACAUGUCAAUAACGAUAUUGCGAAGUCGCAAAUCUCAAAUAUGAAUUCACGUCCUCAAACUCCCACUCGACGAGAUUCUGGUAGCACAGACACUGGAAUCACACUAGUCAACCCUACAUCCGCCAUCCUUCAAGGUUUGAUCAAAGAGCAGCGGGCGAGCCGCGGAUCUCGAAAGGUUGCCUCCGAUAUGACUGACAGCGUUGUCCACACCACCCCUCCCUCGCAGUCGCAUGAAGACUCACCUUCCGAAAAACAACGGCGACUUGGCAACGCCUUGUCGGCCGGGAUCAGACAACCGCGGGAUAUGGGAAUCCGCGAAAUGGACCAGUAUGUGUCCAGGAUAAACAAACUAAACUUUGACCUGAAACUCGACAUAUUUCACCGUACUCAACAAAUGGGGGUCCUGGAGAAGAAACUGCAGCGCAUGCAAUCAAUGGAACAGGAGCUGGAAAGAAUGCAUGACAUUGAGGAUGAGCUGGACGAACUUAGAGAGGUCGAACAAACCAACGAUCGACUGCGCGAGGCUAACGAGCAAUUGCAAUCCGAACUCGACAAAAGAGACCAAGCCAUUAGUGAGGCUGUCGACAUGAUCUGUCAGUUGGAAUCCAAGGUGGACGAGUUACAAGCCGGUCGUUCCCUCCCACCUUCAUUGACUGCGACACCCCAGUUGAGGAACGGAUUGGGUCUGUCCACGCCAGAACUCACAGAGGCAAGUACUCCAAAAGCAGAACUGCUAGUUGAUAUACCGGAUCGCACAUCGUCGCGAAGAGGAACCCGUCGCCGAGCACGAAAAAUGCCAUCUUUCCUACAUGACGCGAACAAGAGUAAUGCCGCCCUCCGAAGCUUAUAUUUGACCGAUGAAAACAAAUCCACAAGAUCCGUCAGUGCAUCAACUAUGACCACCACGGCUGACUCGACCGCGGAGCCACCAUCUCCCAGGUUGAGCAUCCUCAGCGAAUGCAGUUACUUCAACCCGCAAGACCUUCAGCCAAAUAAUAGCGAACGGAUUUCGUCCGAGCAAUUGAACCCAUUGGGUGUUGCUGCUGAAGAUAAUUCUAGCAUGUUGUUAGACAUUAGCCAUUCUAACGACCAACGUGCCAGUGAUGUCGCCGACUGGGUUCAACCCCAAGCGGCCUCAAGCGGUUCUCUUCGUCGUAGUAGAACCCGUGCCCUCUCCGACGUUUCCAGGAGCACACAAGUACCACACGCCACUCUGGGAGAUCCAUUCCAGCCUGGGCAUCUUUCCAAAUCCUUCCAUGCUGAAAGCCCCAUACACCUUUUCGGGGGAAGACUACCACCCACUCCAGACACGAUGAGCACAUUCCGUUUUGGAGGCGGGAGCGGAUCGAACGCCAGUUUUUCCAUGGAAAAACCAGGGACUAACCAUGCAAUGCCGGGUACGCCAUCCUCGAUCCACCUGCGUCUAGGUCGACCACGUUCGGCUGGCGAGAUGGCCACCCGGCCUGGUACUGGGGUCAGCGGCGUUUCGGAUGGAAUCGAUACCACCAUGAGUGUCGACACGCAGCAGGAACUAGCGGGAGGAAGUCAUCAUAAUGCAUCCGGUCUAUUCCAUUCGUUCAAUCACUACGGCAGAGGCUCUUACAAAGCUACUCGACUGCUGGGACCCGGCAGCCCGAGCAACCCGAGGUUGAGCUGCUACGGUGGCGAUCUCCUAUUCAACGGAGAGGGUGUCGAAGAUAUCGUUUCAGUAGCGCAUGAGGACCAUUUUCCGGCUGAAUUGGCGGCGUCCCCGCCAUUAUCUCCACAGGAAUGGCUUGAAGCGGCAAAGACGGAGGACCCAUUGGAGAAGGCAGCCCCCGAGCGAGAAUCAAAUGCAACAAAACACAUUGCUGAAUCUUACGAACUGGAUCAAACUGACUUGGCUGAUGCCAACGAUGCCAAUACCGAGGACCCUCCUCUUCCCCGAAACACCCCGCUUCGUCUUCGAGCUUGGGCUGACGACGCCCAAACUGUUGCUGAAGCCCAACCGCGUAGGCGUUUAUCGCUUCGUCCUAAAUUUCUCAGUCGAAAUCGUCAGGCAGAGCCGCGAUCUGACCCAGUCGCCCUUAAUCCAGAAUCAUCGCCAGUUCCACCUAAAACAACCCUUUUGACAAUUCCCAAACACAGACGAGCUGGUUCGGGACCAGUAUCCGUACCUGAAGAUUUGUCAAGACUGGGAACCCCAGAGGUGUCUCGAACAAACCCUCGUCCUCUACCAAAGUCUCUUGCAGAACUACGACCAAGCACAGCUUCACGACCAGCAACAUCCGACAGCUCAGAGCAGCGGCGGAAAGGGUCUUCCUUUUUGGGUUGGAUGAAAGGUUCAUCCAACAAGGAAUCUGAAUUACCUGCCGGAAAUAUGUUGCUUCCACGCAGUGCGACCGAGAGACCAAAGUCGACGGUUAGCGCGGAUAGUCGUGCCCUCGAUGUUUGUAUGGCCUAUGGCGAUGCAUCCAACAAGGUAGAUGAUGAGCCUGGCUGGCGAGCUCGAAGACGCUCUCGGAGGCUGGCAUGA